CAGCCGCGGGACUUCGGAUCGGGAGAACCCUAACUACGACCCAGCGCGCCCACAGCCUCUGCCGCCUGGACGCUGCUCCCCGGCCCAGGUCCCAGGCCACUCCCGGGACGCAUUCCUCGAAGUCGGGUGUCCAUGAUGGACACGUUAAAAGUCGCCCUGCUACUAAGUUCCUUUGGUCUAGUGACAGCUGGGCCAGUCCAUAAUGGCACAGUUGACCUACAGAGACUGAAGCGGAAUCCACCAAACUGUCCAGCAGGCUCCUACCUAUCAGAAGAGACUGGGGUUUGUGAGCUCUGCCAGGAUGGUGUCGACUUCACCAGCUCCCCCAACAAACUGCCUUCGUGCGAACGCUGCAAAGUCUGUAAGGAAGAUGAAGAUGAAAAAAGCAGAUGCACCUCAACCAGGAACACGGAGUGUCAGUGCAAAUCAGGCACUUUUAAAAAUAACAACUUAACUGAGUACUGCAAGAAAUGCUCUCUGUGCACUGAUGGGAAAGAGGAAGUGACUCCCUGUACCCCAAAGACAGACCGGAAGUGUGUACCCCAAAAUGCUGGGACAAGUCAUCUCGUUGUGAGCAUAGCAGUGCCGCUGGCCCUGCUGGCCCUGCUGGCCCUGCUGGCCCUGCUGAUUUUAGCUUAUGUUGCUUGGCGGAAGACUCAACCAUGGAGUAUGGUAUUGCGGCAUAUAAAAAGAGCCUGCCCACGCCGAGAACAGGGCUUGGAAAGUGCGGACACCAGUUUGAAUCUCAUGGGAAAUGAUUCUCCCCAUAACAAGGAACCUGUGGAAGCUGAGAAUUCUCCAACAGGAAGGAAGCUGCUGGUUCCUGCAAAUGGAUACGACCCAAUUGACGCCCUGCAGAGGAUCUUCAAUUACUGUACAGAUGUUGUGCCCUUUAACUCCUGGGACCGCCUCAUGAGGGAGAUGGGCCUCAAAGACAAUGAGAUUAAAGUGAUCAGAGCUGAAACACAGCCCCAAAGUGAUGCCUUGUACCAAAUGCUGCAGAAGUGGCUCAACCAAACAGGGCGAGGUGCCUCUAUCAACCAUCUGCUGGAUGCCUUGGAAGCUGUGGGAGAAAGAUGCGCCCGGGACAAAAUUGAAGAGUAUGCAGUGAAAUCAGAGAAGUUCAUUUAUCAACAGUCUACAGAUGAGCCAGGUGUGGCUGACUCAUACUUUUAAUCUCAGCACUCAGGGGACAGAGACAGGAGGAUCUCUAUGAGUCUGAAGCCAGCCUGGUCUACAUAAUGAAGUCAGGAUAGCUAAGGCUAUGUAGGGAGACCCAGACUUCAGAAUGUUCGUUUCACAUGUCUACCAAGACCCCUUGUCCAGAGACAAACUCUGCCUCCUCCAGCCCAACCCCUCUCUGUCAAAGAGGGAAGAACAAAACAGCCCGAGUGUAGAAACUUGUGUCCUUGGCCUUGUCCAACCAAGGACACUGCUCUUGGUUAGACUGCUGUUCAAGCACACAGCUGCACAGCCCUCCCUGGCUCUAGCCUGCUAGUGAGCACCUGCAGACGGGCUGUGUUGAAUCUGCAAACCUGUAAAUCGUGAUUUCUCACUUAGUGAGUUUGGUGCUUUGCACACAUAGGGAACAUAAAAAGCACUACCUAGUGUGACACGUCCACCCUGAUCCCCAUUUCUUGUUAACUGCUGGAGAACCAGUGGCUUCAAGGACCUCUGAAAUCUCUAAGAGGCAACUUGAUUCUUAGAGAUUCUCGACCUUGAUUCUCGCUGGGUUCCAGUUCUCCUUGACACUUGAUCAGUCUGGGUGUGUGUAACUGGAUCCUUUAAGCUGUAUAACUUUAUAAUGUUUACAUAUAAUUUAACAGUUUAUUUAUAGUUAUGGAUAAUUAUUGUAUAAUGUCAUAAUCAUAAGUUAUAUUAUUAAUAGUUUAUAUAAUAACUUUAUGUUUCUGUUUGUUUUUGUCUUAUGGUUCUCUUUACUGGACGCAGGUCCUACUUCAUGCUGAGCAAAUAUUUUGCAGUUGGUUAGCCUCUAAGUUUAACAACUCUUUAGGUAGAAAAAUAUUUACAUGUUUACAGUUAGGUGUUUCCAGGCAAGCAGAGACUUGAGAACUGUAUCCACGUGAUGUGAUGGGAGGCUGGUCCAUGAUCUGGCAUGUGUGGUGGUUAAUCUUGAUUAGGUUGAGAGGUGCUAGACCACUGUGAUGGUUUGAAUAGGUACGGUGCCAUAGAUUCAUGUGUUUGAAUACUUGGCCCUUAGGGAGUCACACUGUUAAGGGGUGUGUCCCUGUGGGGGAGGGCUUUCCCAUGUACCACAGAGUCCCCUUUGGCUGCCUGUGGAUCAAGAUGUAGAACUCUCAGCACCUCUCCAGCACCAUGUCUGCCUGGAUGCCGCCAUGCUUCCCACCAUGAUAAUGGACUAAGCCUGUUAAACUGUAAGCCAGCCCCAGCUAAAUGCUUUUCUAUGUAAGAGUUGCCAUGGUCAUGGUGUCUCAUCAGAGCAAUAAAACCCUAACUGAGAAAGCCAGGAAGAUGGCUAGAAGAUAAAGGUGUUGCCACCAAGCCCGAUGACUCAAAUUCAGUCUCCAGAAAUCACAUGAUGGAAGGUGAAAACAGACUCCUAUAGGUUGUCUUCUGGCCUCUAUAUGUGAUGGGGUUCAUGGGCAUGUGUGUGUGCACGCGUGCGCGCGCACACACACAUAAAUGUAAUUUUAAAAAUCCAAAUUGAGAAGUGUCUAGGAGAUUGUACAGCAUACUUCUGGGUGUGUCUGGGGCAUUUCCAGAGAGGGAAACAGCAACUAUGAAGAACAGCAGCUGUGAUGGGAAGACUUGCCAUAGAUUGAGUUACUCUCCAGUAGGCUGGGGGCGGGCAUGGAGUAUGAGGAAGGAGGAGGCAGGCAGCCAGUGCUUGCAAGCUCCAUUCUUCACCAAUGAAUUUGUUUGUUGCUGCUGCCAUCACCAGUGGACAUCCUUCCCCGGCUUCCUCAGCUGUCUUACGUGGACUCAACCUUAGCGACUCUCCUGGGGAAUCUCAGACCAUCAGCCUUGGUUUGGGAUAUACUUGACUCCUGUUGUUUUGAGCCUCCCCACUUCUUAGACUGAGAAGCUAUGACCUUCUGUAGUUCUAGGCAGACAAGCCAGUUUCCUGAGUCCCCCUUUACAAUUUUAUACUGUUGGACUUCUCACCUAUGGCCAGGGUGAGGAGAUGGGAGGAAGGUUAGGUUGGAGGUGCCAAAUGAGGUCAUGUACAUUUAAAGGUAGUGGUGACCGAGUCCUGUUUGGGAUCAAGGGAGGAGGGGACAGAGACUGUCUCAGGCAUGGUACAUAUGAAUGUGAAAUACUAGCCGACUCAUGACUUCUCGGUUGUAGUGAAUCUAGGCCUGGACCACAUUUGGGGUACAGAAAUCCAUUCUUGAGGACCAUGCCCUUUGUAAGCAUCUGGCCAUUGUACAGAAGACUAAAUGCCGAAACUCAAUUGUCCUACCUUGGCCUCCUUAGAACUGGAAUUUAUAGGUUUGCUCCUCCCAAAUCUAGAAAUAACUUUUUAAAACACUGUGAUAGGGAUUUCUGGAGAGCUGGCACAUACAGAUUUUUGUCUGUGGAUUCCUAUUGUUUUUUUUUUUUUUUAUUUUUAAACUGAUUUGUUUUUGAGACAGUCUCAGUAUGUGGCCUUAGUUCACCUUGAACUAUAUAGACCAGGAUGAUCUCCAACUCAGAGAUCUGCCUGCAUCUGCCUUUCAAGUUCUGGGAUUAAAAGGGUUUGCCACCAUACCUGGCCUUUGUCUAUUUUGGUAUUUUUUGGUGUGUAUGAAUGAAUGUUUUGCCUGCACGUAUGUGCAUGACAUGAAUGCCUGGUGCCCUCAGAGGUCAGCCAGUGGCAUCUGAUCCCCUUGAACUGGAGUUACAGGUGGUUGUGAUCCACCAUCGGUGCUUGGAGCUAGUCCAGGGCCUCUGCAAGAGGAAGUGCUCUAAAGCACCGAACAACCUUCCUAAGUCCUCAUUCUUUCAGCAGUCCUUUGGGCAAAACCUUCUCCAGUAGGUUCUAGGCACACAGGACAGUUACCUAGAGAUGGCUGUCCUGGCUAUUCUGUAUUGUCUUGUCUGUAUUCUGUAUUGUUGCUGUGGCAUUCAUGUAGCUUCAGGAGGGAGACCCCGCUUCCUAGUGUUAUCCUCAUCGGUGUCCUUGCAGGCUUCUGAGUGUAAGCAUUGCGCCUACACGCAGAUGCUGGAAUUGCACAUGAGGGUUUGCUGGGCUCUGUACCCAGCCCCAACAGUGGGUAUAUGUUUCACCCUCACAUGUGAUGUGCUUUCUUA